AUGCAGCACUGAUAGGCGGCACUGAUAGGUGACACUGAUGAUGGGUACUGAUAGACGGCACUGACUGGCAUCAGUGCUGGGCACUGACUGGCACAACCGCUGGGCACUGACUGAUGGCACUGACUGGCAGCACUGCUGGGCUGCACUGGUGGGUGGUGGGCAGCACUGGUGGGUGGGCACAGGUGGGUGGCACUGGUGGGCACAGGCGCGUUCUGGGAGGACAACUGGCCGGCCUCAGUGCAGCUGUCAUUCGGCUAUCUGCGGUCGGCAACUAGUUAAAGGGUGGAUGCUGGGAGGUCAC